AAAUUUAGGACUUUGUGUUGCCUACAACUUGGGAGCUAGUGUGUUUCUACUAAUGCUCCGUUGGCGAUUGGCUUUAAGUUUUUGUGAAAUCUGACGUCGUCGUUGCAAGGCAAGUGCACCAUGAACUGGACAAACUGGGAGGAUGCUCUGCCGUGCUUGGUGUGUUAACUGAAACCUCGCUUCUGCUGUGCAGUGAUGGCAGUUACGCUGUCCAAAUCCCAAAGGUGGGAGAACAUCUAUAGAUCAUUUAUUUUUUUAUAUAUAAAUUACUUAAUCUGAGGUAAAGAAAAGCACCGGUCUAAAAUAGCCCUUCAAAUACAGCAGUCGUUUACUUGCUGUGUCAGCAAUAUAUCUAAAAGAAAAGGCAUGCUCCGUAACCCACAUUUCAAAGGUCACAGUGCUACUGCUACAGGCUUCUGAAAAAAUUGCAGCUUGAGCCAGCAUCAUGGGUGGUUUGAAGAUUUGGUCUGUUUUGUUGGUUAUACUAUGCCAUUUCUGUCAGAGAUGUCUCCCAAGUGGAAUUUCAACACAUGUUGAAAUAGCACAUAGAGCUCUGGAAUUUUUCAUUAAGCACGAAAGGAAUGUUAAUUAUAGACAGUUAUUACUAAACCACCAAGAUGCAUUUCAGGCUGGGAGCAUUUAUCCUGAUGCCUUUUAUCCUUCAAUCUGCAAAAGUGGAAUAUUCCAUGAUGUGUCUGAAGACACUCACUGGACACCAUUUCUCAAUGCAAGUAUUCACUUCAUCAGAAGGAAUUAUGCUCAGCCUUGGGAAGUGGCUACAGAGAAGCUGGUGGCUUUCCUGUUCGGAAUUGCCUCACAUAUGGUGGCAGAUGUUAGCUGGCAUAGCCUGGGCAUCGACCAAGGAUUUCUAAAGGCCAUGGGAGAAAUUGAUUUUCAUGGUUCAUAUUCAGAAGCUCACAAUGUUGGCGAUUUUGGAGGAGAUGUGCUGAGUCAGUUUGAGCUGGACUUCAGUUACCUGGCAUUGAGUUGGUAUGUACCUGUCAAAGACCUAGCAGCUAUUUAUAAGGAAUUUUAUGGAAGAGAGAUUAUAACUGAAAGCACAAUUACUGACUGUACUUACCUGCUGUUUCUUGAACUGCAUGGAGAAAGGCUUGUUGUUGGAAAGCUUUUUCCAACAUAUGCUAGUAAAUCUCCAUUUCUGGUGGAGAAGUUCCAUGAGUAUUUCCUUGGAGGAGUAGAUGACAUGGCGUUCUGGACAAACAAUAUUUUUGAGCUGACGAGUCAUAUGCUAGAGAAUGGAACCAGUGGCUGUUUCCUGCCUGAGAACCCUCUGUUUAUAAAUUGCACAAGUGAGCACAAGGACAACUACAUCAGAAACAAACAAUCAAAACAUGAACACCAGAAGAAUAGAACUUCCUUGCUUACAGAAACACACGAAAAGAAUAUAAAUUAUACAGAGAGAGGAGUUCACUUCAACAUACAACCUUGGGUAAAAAAUUCCCUCCGCUUGCUAAACCGUGCUUUUAGAACCAAUGUCUGGAGAGCUACACAUCAGAAAUCUUCUAACCACAUCUACAAGCCAGCAGCUUCGUAUUUUCUGACUUCACCCUAUGCUAGACUUGGAUGGGCAAUGAUCUCAGCUGACCUGAACCAGGAUGGAUAUGAAGAUCUGGUGGUUGGAGCACCAGGGUACAGCUCAUUGGGCCGUUUUCAGAUAGGGCGGGUGUAUGUGGUCUAUGGCAACCAGUCAGGUUUGCCGCCAGAGGACGUGGAUCUAGAUGAGAAAGCUGACCAAAUACUACAGGGUCAUCAGCCUUCAGGAAGAUUUGGUUCUGCCUUGGCAGUCCUGGACUUCAAUGAGGAUGGAGUGUCAGAUCUGGCAAUUGGAGCACCUUCUGUGGGAUCUCAGUUUCUUACUUACAAAGGUGCUGUGUAUGUCUAUUUUGGCACUGAGGGAAGAGGCUUGGCAUCUCAACCAAACAUUACCAUAACUUGUCAGUAUUCCUACUGUAACCUUGGUUGGUCCCUCCUGGCAGCUGAUGUUGAUGGGGAUGGAAACGCUGAUCUGGUUGUGGGCUCUCCAUAUGCACCUGGUGGUGGGCAGCAGAGAGGAUUUGUGGUUGCGUUUUACUCUUAUUUCAACAGGAGUGAGCAAGGACUUCUGUCAGUACAGGAUGCCAACUGGAUGGUGAAGGGGGAAGAAAACUAUGCUUGGUUUGGAUUUUCACUUGACAGCUGCCAGCUGGAGAACAUAACAUUGCUGCUGAUUGGUAGCCCUACAUGGAAGAGUUGUGCUAGCUGCAAUCCCUUCUCAUCGGAUGUCAGACAGAGUGUUGGGAAGGUGUAUGGGUAUAACCCACCAAGCACAAAGCUCUGGUUUGCAGUAACUGGAGACAAGGCGAUGGGCAGAAUGGGUUUGUCCCUGGCCAGUGGUGUGAUGUCUAUGGCUGGGAUCACAAGGACAGUUUUGGUGGUGGGUGCACCUACUGCAGAUAGCCUGUCUAGGAUUUCCUUUAUAUCGUCAGUGCUGCUCCAAGCUGGGCUGGUUUUGGUAUAUGAUCUGACAAACAGCACCAAGCCUUCUUUGCUCAGCGCAUUCAGUGGGGACAGAAGAUUUUCUCGCUUUGGAGGAGAUAUACACUUAAGUGACCUGGAUAAUGAUGGACUAGAUGAAAUGAUCGUGACAUCCCCACUGCGAACUAACGCUAUCACCACGAUACUGUUUGGUGGGGCAGCAGGCCGUGUUUACAUUUACAACGGAAAGCAGGCAUCCUCAGGGAAUGUGACACGCCACUGCAAAUCACUGGUAUCUCCCUGUCCUGAGGACUGGGCACAGUAUGUCCUGAUUUCUCCUGAGGAACUGUCAAGAUUUGGGAGUUCUGUUAUCACUGUGAAAUCUGAAAGAAAGAAAGAAGUGGUGGUGGCAGCAGAGAGAAGUUCAGCGAAAGCACGACUUGGUGGAAGGCUUUUUAUCUACUCGCUCUGAAAGUUCAUGGUAGCCUUUAAGACCAUGGCACAGCUGGUCUUUUAGUGAAGAAUCUCUGUAGUAUGUGCGAUACUUUCCUUAACCAACACAAACCAAAUGUCCCAGAGAGCCAGAUAGGGUCCUAGAUAGUUUAAAGGGAGGCAAGAAUGGGCACUGGUUUUAAGUGAAGGGGAACAUGAGCAUUAAUGGGGGUUUGACUUACAAACCAAACAAAGCUUUAUCAGUCAUGUAAAAGCACAAAUUCUUUUGUGAGCAGUAGCAUCACUUAACCUAGAACAAGCAAACUGGACCAAAAACCUUCUAGAGGCUAAAAUAAGCAGGCAGCUAGAUUUUUGGUAGUAAUAUUUAGCUGUAUAAGGAAUAUUCAGUGGUCACAUUCUUUACUGGUCAGAUUUGAGUAUUUUCUUGACAAACCCAGGAAAGAAUAGCAUGUAAUAUUCAGUUCCUUGUAUACUGAUACAGACAGGGAUUCUAAGAUGUCAAAAAGUUGUUUUCAAAAUACUAAGCAUGGAGGAAGGGCAGCUCUAAGCCAGACAGAAAGCUGGGUGCCAAGCAGUAGCACAUCUUGAGGUCUGCAUCCAGGGUGUGGAACAGCUGGCAUCUCCCAGGGAGAAAACUACAAGCAAGACUGACCAAGUUUUAGGAAAUGCUUUUGCUUUCACACUGGUGGCUGAGACUGCUCUACCACCCUUCGUGUUUUUAUGUAAAAUACCAUGACCAGGGUAACUUAGAAUUGUUAACAGCUUUAUUGGUAACAGUACUGUCUUCAAGUAAUUAACACUAAUUUUGUAUGAUGCAGGUUUUACAGAGUGUGCAUCAAUUAUCUAUUAAACGACUUGAGCAGCAAGAUGUUAUGUUAUUAUUACCAGCACUGGUCUGCUGAUGCAUACAUUUUCUCUCUCUUGCCUCCUUCACAAACGUAAAGCAAUGGAAAGUCAGUGAAUAGCACAGAAUUCUAAAGGCUAUGCUCCAAGACGACACACUUCAACUUACCCUCUUAGGAAUUGUCUCUCUCAGAGAGGUUGGUUAAGGGGAAAAAAAGAGGCAAGAUGAACAGCUUGAUGUAGCUUGAUGUAUAUUGUGUUCCAACAUCUAUUUGGAGGCUUUCUUUGCCCAAAUAGCAGAACACUUUAUAAAAAAUUUAAAUGCGAACUUUAUGAAAGUAGUAACUGGAUGGAAGUGAGAGCAGAGUACCCACAAAUCUCUGCACAAGCAGUGUAUUUUAGGGGGGAAAUACAUAGACUUUUAAAAUGAAAAUUGGCAAAACCAGUAUGUUCUGUAGAAAUUCCAUUCUGAACAUACAGCUUCCACUGGUUUUGGUUUUUUCUAUGUGUGAUCUCAGAGUAACUUUAUUGCAUGUGAAUGCAUUUUGAUUUCUUGAAUUGUCAGAAAACCAUUACACAUUUGUGUAUGUCUGCAGAGAGAAAGGCAGUCUUGUAAAAGAUAUGUCCUUCUCUCACUGCUUUUAUUGUGCUUUAAGUCAGUUAGGUACAGGAAAAGGAGUCAAUACAGUUCACAGAAGCCUCUCUGCGCAGAAGCCUGUAAAGCUUAGAUGAAAGCUUCUCAAACAGCUGCACCAACACAUUUCAGUACUGGCCUAACAUAACUACAGCUUGGUUGAAAACAUCAGCAUCCAUAUCCCUUCACACACUCAGCUUUCCUGGGGUUUAUCAACCAAGGUAUGUGAGCCAUUGUUUCUUCCACUGGAUUGCUCAGUUAGAGGCUUCUUAUAUCCCUACCUGCUUAGCAAAAAGGCUGAAAAAAAAA